AUGGACGGGGCCAGGCCAUCCCGUCCCGACCGGCCGUAUCAGCGCACUUACAAGGCAUGCAUCCCUUGUCGGCAACGCAAGGCAAAGUGCGAUCUAGGAACGGAUCCGGACGGCUUACCGAUCGGCCCACCAUGCGCGCGAUGUCGCAGGGAGAUGAGAGAGUGUGUCUUCCCCGAGAAACGGGCCUGGGAGAGGUCCCGCAAGCGCGGACGAUCCCUCGAGGACAAUGAGACCGACGUAUCGCCAGGCGAGGAUCAGUUUCAAGGUGCUGUGGUCUCUCCAGAUGAUGCGAAGAGACAAUUCACGCAAGGCCAUCAGCCUGUUCAAUACCCCCAGGACUCGACGAGUCCAUUUCAACAGGGAUGGGCCUUUGCGCGUCCCCAUCCAUCCCCACACAAUGAUCAUAGCUCUCAGAUCGGCAUUAGUCCCCAACCGAUUGCAGAUGGCAGUUUGCGUGCACAGACUUCCCCAGCCCAUGCAUAUCAAGAAAAUCGGCAUCGGUCUAGCUCUACUUUGGCGAGCUCGAUGAUGCGAACCGUCGUCGCCAGUGGUAAUGAUGCAUUGAAUAUUCUGUUUGAAGCGGCCACUGCCGGCCAGGAGGACAAUGUACCAAGCGACGAGAGUCCCCCUCGAGGGGCUGGAUCAAGAUCAGGUGGCUCCAACGGUCAUCAGCGAGCGACUCCAAAGAACUUUGAGAGCCCGGCCGCCUUUGAGAACGCUUCACGGGUAAAACAUCCAUUUGAGUUGUCAGAAGUGACGUCCGAAACGCUCCAGGUAUGGGAGGCAUGCCGUUUUGUCAAGAUGGGCUGGUUCACUGCGAGGGAAGCGGUUACCUUUAUUGAUCUGUUCUACAAAAACAUGUCCUGUCUAUCACCAAUCUUGACGGACUUUUACGCCAACCACCAAAAUCACCUUACGUUGAUUGCCCGAGAACCUGUAUUAUGUUCUACAAUCCUUAUGAUAUCUUCUCGCUAUCAUGUUCUUCCUGGCGCAGGUGGAGAGUCGAGGAACUUCUUCAUUCAUCAUCGACUCUGGCAACACUGCCAACAACUGACAAUGCGGCUCAUUUUCGGACAAGAAAAGUCAACCAAGUCUAAGAUCAGGAGUCUUGGAACGGUCGAAGCCCUUUUGCUGAUGGCGGAAUGGCAUCCUCGCUCUCUACACUUUCCCCCCGAAACGGAUGGCUGGGAUGAUGAUCUGAUCUCUAUAGAUCCUAAACCAUCUCAGCAAUCCGAGUCUAAAGAUACAUCGGCAAACCGAUGGGUUGAGGACAUGAUUGAGCCAUCAAGAAGGUCAGACCAAAUGUCCUGGAUGCUGCUGGGGUGCGCCCUGUCUCUAGCCCACGAAUUGGGUAUCUUUGAGACGGAGGAAAUCGAUGCCCCUGGCGAUGACCAACAAUGGAGAGAGCAAAUCAAACUCCGAAGACAGCGAGUCCAACGACUUCUCUACGUCUAUAUCAACCAACUUGCCUGGCGGAUCGGUUGCAUGUCCCCCAUUCCACAAUCACUUAACCAUGCGGUCCUCGGCGGACGCAAGCCUCGCGGAUUGAGUCAGCCUGGAAGUACCUGGUUGAUAUUCAUGGAUUCUUGGAUUGAGCUCACCAAGCUAGCGCAAUCUGUCACAGACAUGUUUUUCCCAUCAGCCAAGUUUGCCCGUCAGCAACUCCAUAGUGGUCGCUACGUCGGGCUCCUUGAGCAUUUCCGGCCUCUGCUCAAUCAGUGGAAGGACAAGUAUCUUCAACCUCAUAACCUCGACACGGCGUUCUAUAAUGACCUAUUCAUCGAGUACCAUUUCGUUCGCGUCUACACCCACUCAGUCGGAAUGCAAGCCGUCGUUGAGCGCGCAGUCGCAGACGCGGAUCUGAAUAAUCUUGAGGACGUCCGGCCGAUGACCAUCGACCCAACCGACUACGAAUACAUCCAAGAAGUGAUCGACGGCUGUUGUCAGAUCCUCCAAAAAGUGACAAACCUCGCCGAGGUAGGUGCACUACGAUUUUCACCCGUCCGCAUCGUGCUCCGGAUUACCAGUGCCUCGAUCUUCCUAAUGAAAGCGCUCAGUCUGGGCACCCGACAAGCUACUCUCCGAGAGUCACUAGAAGUACUCGAGAGAAGCAUCAGUGCUCUCAAGUCCAAUGCACUCGACGAUGUCCAUCUGAGCACCCGCUACGCCACACUCUUAGACAUGCACGUCUCGCGCUUACGUCGAAAUCUCCUCGCAUCCUCCAAGGCCAUGAAAAACAACAACAACAAUAAUAAUACUACCAACAGUCGCGCCGCUACCAGCCGAUCCUCGAUGGGUCCCCCGCCCUGGCCAGAAAAUGCGGACCGCUCCAGUACUAUUCAGACUCCUGUGUCUCAGGAUUUGACGUCUGAUCUGGGCUAUAUCCAUUCUUUGAAUGAUAUGGCGGACGAUUGGCUCUCAUUACCAUUUGACCCUUCCAUGGCGCCUUUUGGAAUAAGUAAUAAUGGUCAGUUUCCGAUGUAUGAGGGUGGUGGGUUAGAUUUUAUUUGGAAUCUUCCGUCGUAG